AGCCUCAAAAACGUAUAGAAUUCUACAUAAAUGGUGAAUCAACUGGAUUCAUGGAGACGAAAGAUAUUGAAUUCAAUGAAUUUCCUUUGAAAAUUGGGCAUUCUACUUUAUAUGCAGAUUUUCAAGGACAAAUGAGGCUAGACCAAUUUGAUUUAUUACAUUUCUUUCUUUCAAAAGAGGGAGAACAGAUAAAAAAAAGGAUGUACAAAUCACUCUCGAUUAAAGAUGGCCUCGGUCCGGUUAAUGACCGUAACCGAUAUUGA